GGCAUUUUCUCAAACGGACUAAAGGAGCUGUAUUGUCGUCUAGGGUCAGUGGAAAAAGGUUUUCUGGUGAACCAGGCUGUUCUGAGAGCAGGUAUAGUGGUAUCGAGCAGACAUGAACUACAUUCCAGGAUCAUUAGACAACAACUCCUUCCUGAACCAGCAACAGAGUGACAUUCAACACUCAUCUGUGGACUUGCCACUGCACCUUCUACACACAAUUCCGAAUCCCAAGUAUGAAAGUAACAAUCUGCCUGGACAUAGGAUUGAGCAGGUGGGACAUGAACUGCUGUGCCAUCAUCCGCAGGCCCAACCCAUCUACUGCUCCAUUCCAGCUCUCCAACAGCAGUACUCUGGCAUUCCCAGUUACCCCAGGGCCUGUCCUCCUACUGAUCAGUACCUCUAUCAGAGAAAUGCAUCUCAUGUUGCCCAGGAAUCUCACCAUCUGCUUUACCCCAAACCCAUUUACUCGUACAGCAUUCUCAUCUUCAUGGCACUGAAGAACAGUAAAGCUGGAAGUUUGCCUGUGAGUGAGAUCUACAACUUCAUGACUGAACAUUUUCCUUACUUUAAGACAGCACCAGAUGGCUGGAAAAACUCAGUGCGACACAACCUGUCCCUGAAUAAAUGCUUCGAAAAAGUGGAAAACAAGUCUGGCGGUACAUCGAGAAAAGGCUGUUUGUGGACCCUGAACCCCAGUAAGAUCCAGAAGAUGCAGGAAGAGCUGCAGAAGUGGCGAAGGAAGGAUCCAGGAGCUGUGAGAAAGUGCAUGGCCAAACCAGAUGAACUGGAAAAAUUAAUUGGAGAAAAACCUGAUCAAACAAAGUCCUCAAUGAUGACAUCAUCUUCUCUCUAUCCACAAGCUCCAUCGUCUCUGCUGCAUGUUCAGGAUCAUUCCCACUCCCUGUGUCUGGGACACUUUCAAGAUCCACAUGCAAUUUCCAGUCCUCAACUUCAUCCAUAUGGUGAAACUGGCAUGCCGGCAAACAUGAACCAGGAUUGUUCUGGUCAUGCAACAAUGCAACCUCAACUUCGCCAGCCUCAGCUCCGCAGCCAGCCCAGUGCACAGAGCAACACUGCUCAAGAGUCCCCCAUCCCAGGACAGACAGCACCAAUUGCCAGCAUUGCUGAGAUCAGCAGCCAACUGCUCACAGAGAAGUCCCUAAUCAAAGAUAUGCACGAUAUCCUUGUAGAAGGAGAUAUCAACACAGAUAUCGAUGCACUCAAUCCCAGUCUUGUAGACUUUGAACUUCAAGGUAAUCUGUGGGAGGUGCUGAAGGAUGAGAGUUUAACUCCAUAUCCGCCAGUGUCCAUGUCUUCUCCAUGGCCAUCAUUAUUCCCAUUCUCGUGGAACUGCUCUCUGACAGAUGGUAAAGGAGUCAGCAGCUCUGGCAGCAGUACAGAGCAGCAUCUUUCUGAGCCCUAG